GGACUUAAAGUUAUCGACGGGCAUCUCCCCCCAGGCUCUGGGCCUCAUAAUCCCAGAUACCUGUUCUGCCAUUAUCCAUGUUCUGCAGGAUGACUAUAUGAGGCUUCCGUCCACGCCACAGGAAUGGCAGACUGUGGCAGCGGAGUUUGAGACGCGUUGGAACUUCUCCAACUGCGGGGGAGCCAUCGACGGAAAGCACGUCCGCAUCGUGCCUCCACCCCGUUCUGGUUCCCAGUUCUACAACUACAAGGGGUUCAACAGUAUUGUGCUGAUGGCGGUGGUGUCAGCACAGUACGAAUUUCUGUACGUUGAUGUGGGCAAGAACGGCCGGAUGUCGGAUGGGGGAGCUUUCAGGCAGACUGAGUUCGGGGAACGACUCCAAGACGAAGAUCUCGCAUUGCCACCGGAUGCGGACAACGUGGAAGGACUCCCCUUCGUCUUCUUGGCUGAUGAAGCUUUUGGCCUGGGACCCCAUCUAAUGAGGCCAUUCCCCCAGCGCACCCUCACCCCAGAGAGGAGUGUUUUUAAUUACCGGCUGGCCAGAGCCCGGAGGGUGGUGGAGAACGCCUUCGGGAUAAUGGCCAGCCGGUUCCGCCUGUUCCUAACCUCGAUCCAUAUGGCGGAGUACAAAUGGAACUAUAUCAUAUUUGCAUGCUGCAUUUUACACAAUUUUUUGCGGCGAAAUUCGCCAAACUAUAUGGCCACGGUUGGGCCUGAGGCUGGACUUAACAAUCCGGAUCAAAUGUUGCCGGGCCUGGAACCUGCCCGUACUGGCUUGCCCCCCCAAAGUGGCCGUGCAGUCCGUGACCAAUAUAUGGACUAUUUUAUGGGUAGGGGGGCCAUUCCCUCCCAAGCCAAUUUGGCUUAGCUUUGUUUUAUCCCAAAUUAUAAAUCUGU